AUGGCUUACAAGGCCAAAGCCUAUGGAUCAGACGAAAUGGAAGGAUCCUUCAAUAAGCAAUAUAAUAUAAUUUAUGAUUAUGCUCAUGAGCUAUUAGUAAGAAACCCAGGGUCCACAAUCAAGGUGAAAGUUGAGCAAAAUGAUGGAGAACCAAUAUUCAAGAGGUUUUACGCAUGCCUAAAGGCAUGCAAAGAUAACUUUCUCUCAUGCAGGCCCAUCAUUGGCCUUGAUGGAGCCCUUUUGAAAGGCAGACAUCGUGGUGAGCUGUUAACUGCUGUUGCUCGAGAUGCAAACUACCAAAUGUUGCCACUCGCAUAUGCCAUCUUAGAGGUCGAGAACAAGGAGACUUGGACAUGGUUUAUGGAGCUACUGAUUGAAGACCUAGGUGGACCUGAGGUGUGUUCUUCACUUACAUUGAUAUCAUAUCAACAGAAGGGUCUGUUACCAGUUGUACAAGAUGUUGUUCCUAGAGUUGCACACAAAUUUUGUGUAAGGCAUUUAUAUUCCAACUUUAGGAAGAAAUUCCCUAAAAAUAAUCUUAAGAAGCUUAUGUGGAGGGCAUCCACAACAACCCACCCACAAAAAUGGGAGAAGGAGAUGGGAAGUAUCAAAGAGGUGAACCAAGAUGCUUUUCGACACUUGAUAGUUAUUUCUCCAAGUUGGUCUGCACAAAGGCUAUUUGAAGUCAAACAUGUGUCCCAAAGUGGGGACAAGUUUGUGGUGGAUAUAGAUCAAUAUUCAUGCUCUUGCAGGAAAUGGAGCAUCAAUGGAAUACCUUGUGUUCAUGCAUUGGCAGCAAUGAUGUUUCUCAACAUAGAUGUAGAGGACUACAUACCUGUUCUAUGCAUAUUUUAUGCUAUAUAUAGGGCAACUGCUGACAUAAAUUUGAUACCAUAA